AUGUUUUCCUUAUUGGUACUGGUAGCUGUGGUUGGUCACACUCUAGCAGCUAACCAUACCCACCAUAACGCCCAUCACCACCCACAUACACAUGCACCAACCACGCCAGCCCCUACCCUAGAUCCAACCUCGGACAAGGGUAGGAUACAGAAACUGGAAAACGAGUUGGAAGCUCUUACUAGACAGGUGAUGCUGCAGCAACUGUUUGUUGAAGAACGCAUUAGGUCCGAUGGUGACUCCGGAGUGAAACAACUGCGCCACUCUCACGACGGUACUGCACCCUACAUUUCUGAGUCUUACACGGGUAGAUCCAUUAAUUCCAUCCAUGACCAUUCCAACUAUGACCGAACCGUUGGUAUGGGAGAAGUAAUUGUCGUGAUGAAUGGUGUUGAGUUCCGUACCCGACACAACGACUACAAACUGAGGAUGCCGAGCAAAACUAGUAAGCAAUACAAUGCCAUACAGGACAUCCCCUUUCCCCGUGUACCUCCAUCAGUUUUACACAAACACACUAUUGCGGAGCAAAUCGCUGAGAUGAAGGAAUACUUUAAGGCAUUCCAUUACCAAAAUCAUCAGCAUAGAGACUACAGGCCAUACUUUAAACCUAACCUCUGCUACAUGGAAGGGGCAUGGACGACAAGCACGAAGACACUGAACGAACCUUUCCAGAGCGAUAGACACUCGAUUGAUGCUUCCAGCUGGUACGACCUGCAAGAAAAGAUCCGAUACACAUCCUACUCUGGUUCAAAACACAAUAUGGAAAAUUUCUCCUACCUUCCUUCCACUAUCAUAAAUGUGAACAACGGAACUGCGGAAUAUGCUCAAUGGAACUACAGAAUACUAUGUCACCCCUUAGAAGAUGAUCUGCCACUAGCUGUACUUACACCUAUUGACGACAUAGCCUCCAGAUUGGCACAUAACUUUGAUAUAAAGAAGUUCGCUCAAAGUCGAUCUGCCCGUUUCAAACUAGCUGCGCUCACUAGGGAUGGAACGUACGACUUCGAUCUUGGCUACGGUACAUUCAGAGAUAGACCGUACAACUUGGGACUCCUAGAUCAAAUCAUGAUGCAAAUCCCAGGCAAAAACAAUUACGGUACGGUACUAAAUGAUCACUCUUUCAACAUGACCGUGUUUGAUGCUCGAGAUAAGAUCAAUAACACUGCUCUAAACACUGGCUACUACCAUCGCUACUUCAAGUACGAUAGCAAAGGAGCCAUGGGAACCAAGACUAUCCAUAGAGGUUUCGCUGAUCAAAACCUGUUUGUCGCUCAAACAACUCAACCUCAAAUUGCAAAAAUCCAAAUCGACGAUUGCCACAAACACCAGCAAUGUCACCAUUAUUCAGCCCAAUACUCCUAUGCUAUUCCACUGGAGAUAGUGUAUACGACGCCAUUAUAUAGUUGGAACCCAUACGAUUUGCCUGACUACGGAAAGUUUACUCAGAAGAAUACACUCGUUAUCACUGAACACUAUAAGAGAAAUGGCCAACUUACACCAGAUAAGGCAUACAACGGUACAAACAGCAAGUACUUUUACAAGACACCGGCGGAGUUCUUCAGCUCUGCCAAGCCUGGUGAGACAGACCGUGCUGACACGGAUAAGGGUGCUGUUGGAGUUCUCGACAAACACGGUGUCGUCAGAAAGGUUGUUGCAUCCGGCACUCGCAUAAUGCUUCCAACAAUUGAAGGAAUUGGACGAAUGAGGAUGAGGUAUCCGAUUACUCCCGUACAUAUGGAGGGUAGCGCAGCGGGAAAGGGUCUUGCUGCCGUGGUCGAAAUGAUCAACCACAUGUCGAAAUAUUCUUCAUACUUCGCUGAACCGCCAACCGCUACAUCUGCUGCUCACGCAAGUCUUCCUGAUGGUCACUUUGUAACGGAAUACACACACCAGGAUCCUCCAGGUUUCCACAGGCACGAAAUGUAUAUAUCUCACGAAGAGAUGAGCAGUCUAGCCGCCGGUAAUAUCGUGUCUGUAUUCACAUCCACCGACCAGUCUCACGAACACACAAUCGAUAUGGGUUACAACAAGACUUCCGGUGAGUAUUACAUCCAAGCAUGUGACGGACAGCCUCGAUGUUGGGACGGGCAUGGCAGUCACAUCAUCAAAUUAAGUUAA